AUGGCCUCGCUCACGAUACGUAACGUCACCGUCAACCCGCUCGAGCUCGUGCUCGUGGAGCGCUUCGACAGGGAUGGCCCCGCGCACGGCGGCGGCUUCUCCCGCAUCACGGGGCUCUUCACCAGCAACGCCACCACGCCGGCGCUGUUCGCGCCAAAGGACGGCCAGGAGCCCAGCGAGCGCGUCGACGUCGCGGGGACAGUCGUCGUGGGCGCCUUCGAGACGAGGGCCACGGACAUUCGGCCCCCGGAGCCCGGCAGGUCGGUCCUACGCCUGACGUUCCGAGCAGGGGCGCACAAGUAUGUCGUGGACUGCCCAACCCCUGGGGCGCGGUCCGUGGUGAUGAAGAGGGUCAAGGAGGGCGAGGGAGAAGGAGGGGACGAGGGCGACGCGCUGGAGCUGACGACCGUGUACACGCCGUCUGAGCACCACCUAUCCAUCCUCAGCUCAGCCAACCUGUCACGGUGGAUGCACGAGCUGGGCGACGGGUGGCCGCUGUCUGCGCUAUCCGUGCCGGGGACGCACAACAGCCCGACGUGCCACGUUGCGCUCCCCUCGGUGCGGUGCCAGGCGGUAGGCGUCCGCGAGCAGCUGGACAACGGGGUGCGGUUCCUAGACCUGCGGGUGUCUGCGUCAAAGGGGGACGGCAACCACAGCCUCGCCCUCGUGCACAGCGUGUUCCCCGUCUCGCUAGGGGGCAACAGGUACCUGGCGGGCCUGCUCGACGAGCUGUACGCCUUCCUGGACGACAACCCGUCCGAGGCGCUCAUCAUAAGCCUCAAGAGGGAGGGCACGGGUCGCGGGACGGACCAGGACUUGUCGCAGCACCUUUUCAAGCGGUACUGCGGCGGCGGCAGCGGCAAGGGAGGCGACGAGGGCGAAGAGGGCAAGGAGGCGAACGGGAACAAGGACGACGUGGCACGGCGCUGGUUCACGGAGCCGCGGAUCCCGUCGAUGGGCGAGGCGAGGGGCAAGAUCGUGCUGGUGCGGCGGUUCAACAACGACGGCGCGCUGCAGGCCGAGCACGGCGGCCGCGGCUGGGGCAUCGACGCCUCGGCGUGGCCCGACAACUGCGCCGACGGCACCGUGGACAGCGGGCUCGUCCGCGUCCAGGACUUCUACGAGGUCGGCAAGAGCGCCGGAAUCGAGAAGAAGGCCGAGCUGGCCCGGUCGCACCUCGAGAGGGCGGGCCAGCAGGUUUAUGCCGCUGCCCCUGGGCCUGGGAACGGUGAGGCGCCGCCGCCUCCGCCGCUCUUUGUCAACUUCCUGACUGCCAGCAACUUCUUCAACGCCAGCUGCUGGCCUGAGAAGAUUGCCGCCAAGGUGAACCCUGCGAUCAUCGAGUACCUCUGUGUGAGGCACGCCGAGGAGGGCAAAGGGCCGGCGCAGCUGGGCGUCGGGGAUGCGGGCACGGGCAUCGUUGUUACGGACUGGGUUGGCCACGAUGGAGACUGGGACUUGAUACGGUGCAUCGUCGCGUGGAAUGCGAGGUUACAGCUCAAGGGAUAG